UCAUCCUUUGCAAAAACCCACUUCAAAACGAUAAAAUAAAAUAAAACAAUCCCAAUUCCCUCACAAUCUCACCAUUAAAAAAUUGCAAAUAGCCCCCCUUUUCACCAGUUCUCCUAUAUAACAACCCCCACGGCCAUAGCUCUCUCUUCCAAGACCCAGCCCAUCUUUUCUCUACCUCUCUCUUUCUGCUGAAACUGGUGAUGAUGAAUGGAGGAAAUAGUAACAAUAACAAUAGCUACUUUAAUUUCAGUAGAUAUCCGUUCACUCCCACUCAAUGGCAAGAGCUAGAGCAGCAAGCUCUGAUCUACAAGUACAUGGCCUCAGGCAUCCCAAUCCCUUCAGACCUCCUCCUCCCCAUUAAAAGAAGCUCCUUUCUCAGCUGCCCACAACCCACAGCUGGGUGGAGUUUUCUGCAGAUGGGCUAUGGGUUCGGGAGGAAAGCAGAGGACCCAGAGCCCGGGAGGUGCAGGAGAACUGAUGGUAAAAAAUGGAGGUGCUCAAAAGAGGCGUACCCAGAUUCUAAGUACUGUGAGAGGCACAUGCACAGAGGCAAGAACCGUUCAAGAAAGCCUGUGGAAAUCUCUAUCAACUCAACCAGCAACAAGAACAGCAUCAGCCCUUACCCUCAACUGUACCCUCAAAGCAACUCAUGGGAGCUGAGGCCGCUGGGGCUGGGGGAGCCAAAGCAGAGGCAGGAGAAGGCAGAGCACUGUUUUGUGUUGGGAGCUGAUUUUAAGAAUCAAAGGCCGGUGAAGGAGAGGGAUUUCUUUGAGGGGGAGAGCUCAAGCCUUGGAUCCUCUUCUUCUUCCUCUUCUUCUUACUCUAAGACUCAGCUCUCUAUUUCUAUCCCUAUGGGUCUUCAUGACUUCACUCACUGAUAAUGGAAGAUGCUUGGAGUAGAAUAAAGUGGUUUCAGAGCUAGCUGUAGCUGGCAUGUUCCAUUGUUUUCUUGUUAGGAUAUUGCCUUUUCCUUUUUUUUUUUUUUUUUGGGGGGUCAGAAGUUAAUUUGUGUGCGGCUUGUAAUGGAUUUAUAUUUUUGGAUACUUAUGUUAAUUAAUCUUGUGAGCUGCUUAUCUGAGAAUAAACAAUGUCUUAUUUCAUUG